GAAGAAAAGGCAUUUAAUUUUCUUGUUUACAAAAUAUGGAACUCAUUACUAUAUUCCUUGGUUUCUCACUUCUUGUCCAUGGAGCUCUUGGUAGUGGUGAAAUUGUGUGUGAAGAUUUGUCAGUAGGACUGUGUGCCUACUCAGUUGCUUCGUCAGGGAAGCGUUGCUCUUUGGAGAGUUAUGAAUCAAUUGAGGGAGGAAGAGGGUACCAAUGCAAGACCUCAGAGGUGUUGGUGUCCAAUAUUGACAUAACAAAUUUGAUUGAAAGUGAUGAGUGCAUUAGUGCUUGUGGAGCUGAUAGAAACUCUCUUGGCAUUUCUUCUGAUUCCCUUCUUGAAUCAUCAUUCACCUCUAAUCUUUGCUCUCAACAAUGCUACCAAAAGUGCCCUAACAUUGUUGAUCUUUACUACAAUUUGGCUUUGGGAGAAGGGGUGUAUUUGCCAGCAUUUUGCAAGGGGGGAAAUUUGAAUGGACGCCGUGAAAUGAGCCAAAUCCAAAGUUCAGGUGUGGCGCGUGCACCGUCAGCUGCAAGCACUGGACUCACAUUGGAGGUUGAUGCUCCAAGGUGAUCAUGAAGCUUUUCCAAUUGCAUUACUAAGAGGUUCAUAUGUUGCUCUGUUUAUAUACAUUGCCCUUUUUGUUGUUUGCUUUUACUAAAUAAUUUGAGGAUUACUUCAAGUUGUCAUUUCAAUUCAUAAUAAGUAUGAAUUUUAUUCUCAAUUGUUUCCAUGGUCACACUUUCCCUUUUUCUUAUCAAUCAAUGGAAGUUACAUUAUAU